CUCCUCCAUCCCUGUCCUGCUCUUCACUUAUUGGUCGCAGCGGCCGUGUUCGGGGGGAGCCCUGCAAUUUUCUAUAUAACCAAGUGCUCCGUUUGGAGAGAUCUCAGCAAGUCACGAGGGGGAAGAAACUUCCCCCCGAGCACCAGCCCACAACGCAAAAGCAAACUGCAGGAUCUACAGCGCUGCCGUCCUCCUGGGACCUGCAGGACAUGGCAAGGGGCCGUGAGAGGGAGAGAAACUGAUCCUGGGAGCACCCAAAGUUCGUGGCCUCGAGGAAGAUCCAGACCCAAGCAAAGACGCCCCAUGAGCAUCCCAAGGGCUCCCAUGAUCGGCUUUGCCGCUCAGUCCUCCAUGGUGAGCAUCCCACCUCCCACCACUCUCACCAUUCUCCUGACCUGCCUCUUCUCCGGGGCACGCGGCCAGACCCCGGGGGCUUUCCAGGAGAGCACGGUCCCCUUCGAGGUGCUCAGCCAGGAGCAGGCGUACAGCCUGCUCCAGCCAAGCCUGCUGCAGGACGCCAAGCUGCCGAACCGCUCCGAGAGCCUCCCCAGGAGCAGCGGCUCCGAGCUGCCCCUGCUGCCCGUGUGCGUGAAGCCCGCGGAUAUCAGGCACGUCUUCAAGUACAUCAACACCAUCGUGUCCUGCACCAUCUUCAUAGUGGGGAUCAUCGGCAACUCCACGCUCCUCAGGAUCAUUUACAAGAACAAGUGCAUGAGGAAUGGGCCGAACGUCCUCAUCGCUAGCCUGGCGCUCGGAGACCUCCUCUACAUCCUCAUUGCUCUGCCCAUCAAUGUGUACAAGCUCUUGGCCAAGGACUGGCCCUUCGGCGUGCAGGUGUGCAAGCUGGUCCCCUUCAUCCAGAAGGCUUCGGUGGGCAUCACAGUGCUCAGCCUUUGUGCUCUCAGCAUCGACAGGUACCGAGCAGUGGCCUCCUGGAGUCGGAUCCAGGGGAUAGGAAUCCCCAUGUGGAAGGCAGUGGAGGUGACGCUGAUCUGGGCAGUGGCCAUCGUGCUGGCAGUCCCCGAAGCCAUAGCCUUUGACAUGGUAGAGUUCAACUACUGGGACCGAGACCUGUGGGUGUGCAUGCUCGCCUCUGAACAGAAAUCUAGCUUCAUGAUGUUCUAUCGUGACGUGAAGGACUGGUGGCUUUUUGGCUUCUAUUUCUGCCUGCCCUUGGUAUGCACUGGCAUCUUCUACACCCUCAUGUCGUGUGAAAUGUUGAGCAAGAGAAAUGGCAUGAGAAUCGCUCUGAAUGACCACAUGAAACGGCGCCGGGAGGUGGCCAAGACCGUGUUCUGCCUCGUGGUGAUCUUUGCGCUCUGCUGGCUGCCGCUCCACCUCAGCCGCAUCCUCAAGAAGACCAUCUACGACCAGACGGACCCCAACAGAUGUGAACUGCUCAGUUUCCUCCUCGUGAUGGAUUACUUUGGGAUCAACAUGGCCUCCCUCAACUCCUGCAUCAACCCUGUGGCCCUCUACUUCGUCAGCAGGAAAUUCAAGAACUGCUUCCAGUCCUGCCUGUGCUGCUGGUGCCAGAGACCCGCUCUGAGCAUCACACCGACAGACGAGAAGGGCUCUGUGGGCAAGUGGAAAGCCAACGGGCAGGAGCUUGGGUUGGACCGGAGCAGCUCCCGCUUGAGCAACAAGUACAGCUCUUCCUAAGGCCCCCCGCGGGGCAGAGCGGAGAAGGCACUGUGAAAAGACAGCAGGACACCUCCAUUUCUCUUGCACAGCCAUUUCCUAGCUGGGCUUGAAUUGUUUUUGCCUCCACAUCGUAACCCACCUGGCAGGAGCUGCAGCAUUUCACUGACCCCUGGGACUAGCUCUGAACACUGCCUCUGAGCUCUGCUUGUCCUUCCUCCCAUCCAAGUCGCCUCUGCAGGAGGAGGAAGAAUGGGAUCCAACUUCUUGUAGGAUUUUUCAGUUCCCUGCAGAACAGCCAAGUGACUUACAGCCAUUCAUCUUGGGUAGCAACAUGGGGUGGGGAGAUGGGUGUGAAAAGGGAAGGAAAGUUGAGAUGUUGUCACCCUGAGAUGGAUGUGGGAUGGGGAGGAGAGGGCAAGGCACCUGAGUGACAGAUUUCCAGCUGAAAAAGCCAAAAAGACAUCCCCUAUGAUCUCCCUCUGCUGCUGGAACAGUUUGUCCCAGGGCAGAGAGCCAGGAUAAGACCCAGGCACAUGUAGGUUUUGUAGACCAUCAGUGGCCUGAAAUCUCCCCGCCUGCAGCCGUGGCACGGAGGGACGGGCAGCGACCCAGCUUUGUGAUGUGACCAACCUGACCUGGGGAGCCCUAAAGGACCCCUCCUCUUUCCCUUUUCCUGGGAAAUCUGCUCCGGGCUCUCCACCCAGGGAUAGCAUUCCCCCCGCCUGCGUAUGGCACAAGGAGGUGACCGCAUGCACGCGACAGCACGGCUUAGGAGGGCAGGUGUCCUAGGCAGAAACCAGCAGCAGCAUCCAGCCAAACCAAACCAUCUGCCCCAGCUUCCCCCUCCCCAGUUCCUCGACCCCACCACGUCCUGGCCACAGCACCGUGACACCACAGCUCAGAUCCUCACCCUCAGGGUGAAGCUAAGGUGGAAAAGGCAAUGGGGAAGGGGCAAUCUCAGCUGAAAGAGCUGCUGGAGCUAACCGAAAUACGGCAAAGAGCCUCACGAAUUUACUACUUAAAAUGAUUUAUCCCCAGGAGCUUUUUCCAGCACGACUUCCUAAAAGUCAUGCUUGUACCUCUUGCCAAAACUUCAAGAAAACCUACAUGAGGAAGCUUUAGUUGCCAAGUUUUUGAUGAUUUUCCUGUUGUUUUUUUCUUCUUUUACCUCUUUCUCCUUUCCUCUUUUCCCUUUUCAUCUUUUCAUGGAAAAAAGGGAGAAAGGAAAAAGGGAAAAGAG